AUGUCUCGACCAAGUGGCCUCAUCGCCAACAAGGGUUUGGAGCUGUUGACCUUUGGCACGCCCAAUGGCCAUAAGGCGUCUAUCAUACUCGAGGAGAUCAAGGAGGCCUAUGGCAAGCCCGACUAUGUUUACCAAUCGAUCAGUAUCAUGGAGAAUAUCCAGAAAGAGUCAGCAGCGAUCGAAGCAGAUUUCAGACACAUCUAA